GUGAGAACAAAUUAUAUAGGUAUAUAAUAAAUAAUAUUAUAAUAAAAUAUUAACCUAUGCCUGUAGUACUAAGGAAAUUUUUUAAUAAUAUAAAUUCAAAUACUAUUCGAACAAUGUCCAAAAAGAGCAAAAUCAAAUCUACAGACAAAGCAAAGGACCUAAAAACACAGGAUGUAGGACCGAUCACAAAAGAUAAAUCGAAUAAUAUUCUUAUUUCUAUACUGGCCAAACCAGGUGCAAAACAGAAUGGAAUUACAGGUAUAACUGAAGAAGGUGUUGGGGUGCAAAUAAAUGCCCCCCCAAGUGAAGGAGAGGCAAAUAUAGAACUCGUAAAGUACAUGGCAUCAGUACUAGGUCUUAGAAAAAGCGAUGUUGUUUUUGAUAGGGGCUUUAAAUCUAGAUCAAAGACGCUAAAGAUCACAGGAGAUAUUAGUUUGGAGGAUGUGCGAAGUAAAAUUGAGACUGAAAUUACUAAUACCUAACAAUAAAUAAUUUAAAAC